UCGAGAAAAAUUCAAAUUUCUACCCCAGCCCGCUCCCUUCCUAACUUCAGAGAGAGAGAGAGAGAGAGAGAGAGAGAGAGCACAAAGCCGGUGGACAGUGGACUGCGAUAGCGAACCAUUUCGCAUUCAUAGCAGCGAGAUUAGCGUUUUCAGUAGCGGACCCGCUCUCUCUCUCGCCGCCGAUCCAAAAUGUCCGGCCGCCACGAGAAAGAGAAGGGCGUCAACGUUCAGGUCCUUCUUCGGUGCAGGCCUUUUAGCGAGGAAGAGUUGCGGAGCAAUGCACCGCAGGUUGUUACUUGCAACGAGUACAAUAGAGAAGUGGCUGUGUCCCAAAACAUUGCCGGGAAGCAUAUCGACAGGGUUUUCACUUUCGAUAAGGUUUUUGGCCCUUCAGCCCAACAAAAAGAUCUGUAUGAACAAGCAGUGAUCCCGAUAGUGAAUGAAGUUCUAGAGGGAUUUAACUGUACCAUAUUCGCAUAUGGUCAAACUGGUACGGGAAAGACUUACACAAUGGAAGGUGAAUGCAAGAGGUCAAAGAGUGGGCCAAACGGAGAAUUGCCUCCAGAAGCUGGAGUUAUACCUAGGGCUGUUCAGCAGAUAUUUGAUACUCUUGAGAGCCAGAAUGCAGAAUAUAGUGUAAAGGUAACUUUCUUGGAACUGUACAAUGAGGAGAUCACUGAUUUGCUUGCGCCUGAGGAAAUUUCGAGAGUUGCUUUGGAGGAUAAGACGAAAAAGCAGUUGCCUCUGAUGGAGGAUGGGAAAGGUGGAGUUCUUGUUAGAGGUCUGGAGGAGGAAAUUGUGACAAGUGCAAGUGAGAUUUUUACUCUUAUUGAAAGAGGAUCUGCAAAACGUCGCACUGCAGAAACUUUACUAAACAAGCAGUCAAGUCGAUCACAUUCUUUGUUUUCCAUUACAAUACACAUUAAGGAAGCAACACCAGAAGGUGAAGAACUAAUUAAAUGUGGCAAGCUGAAUCUAGUUGAUUUAGCUGGCUCGGAAAACAUUUCUCGUUCUGGUGCUCGGGAGGGCCGUGCAAGAGAAGCUGGAGAAAUCAACAAAAGUUUACUGACUUUAGGGAGAGUGAUUAAUGCCCUCGUUGAGCAUCUUGGGCAUAUCCCGUACAGGGAUAGCAAGCUUACCCGUUUACUUCGUGACUCGCUGGGAGGAAGAACGAAGACAUGCAUUAUAGCCACGGUUUCACCAGCUGUACACUGUUUGGAGGAAACUUUAAGUACGCUGGAUUACGCGCAUAGGGCCAAGAACAUAAAAAAUAAGCCCGAGGUUAACCAAAAAAUGAUGAAGUCAACUCUUAUCAAGGAUCUUUAUGGUGAAAUUGAUCGCCUGAAGGCAGAGGUUUAUGCUGCACGUGAAAAAAAUGGUGUCUAUAUUCCGAAGGAGCGAUACUAUCAGGAGGAGAGUGAAAAAAAGGCUAUGACAGAUCAGAUUGAGCAAAUGGGGAUUAUGCUAGAAACACAUCAGAAGCAAGUUGAGGAAUUGCAAGAUAAAUAUAAUGUCCAAAUCAGGCAAUGCUCUGAUUUGUGCCAUAAACUUGAUGCUACUGAGAAAAACCUGAAUCAAACCAACAAAUUACUUGCCAACACUGAGGAGGAACUCCAUACAUGUCGGUAUGCUUUGACGGAAAAGAAUUUUAUCAUCUCUGAACAGAGAAAAUCAGAAAAUGCACUGGCUCAUCACGCUUCUGUUUUACAAUCUGACUUGGAAAAAGCUCUUCAAGAUAAUGCAUUAUUGUUUUCAAAAAUUGGAAGAGAAGACAAACUUAAUGCUGAUAACAGAUUGGUGGUGAACAAUUUUGAAUUAGAGCUUUCCCACCAAGUUGGUUCUCUUUGCAAAUUGGUGGCAACUUCAAUGAAUGAACAGAAAGAGCAGCUUCAGAGUGUUGAGAAGCUAUGCCAUUCUUUUACAGGCAUACAUGAUAAGGCUGUUGUGGAUGUCAAGAAGAAAGUUACAGCUUUGAGGGCUUUAUAUAUGUCUCAUACAGAGGCAGUGCAAAAUGUUGUGCGCUUGCACAAGGCGACCUCUAAUGCUGGGCUAGAGGAGAUUUCUUCUUUGGCUGCUUUUAAUGCACACUCUAUUGAAGAAUUUUUAGCAUCAGAGGCCUGUGAAGCCUCUUCAAUAUUCAAUGAUCUUCAGGGUACUCUAUCCACUCACCAGGGAGAAUUGGCUGUUUUUGCAAGGGAAUUGCGACAGAGAUUUAACGUUAGUAUUGAGCAAACGCGGGACAUUUCUGAUUACAUUCACGGAUUUCUUCAAAAGCUUCUGGAAGAAUCAAAGAGGCUAGAAAAUUAUGCAGUGCAUGCUGAUGAAACUCAAGUGAGGAGCAUUGCUGAGUUUCAAAAGGCCUAUGAGGAGCAAUCAAAAUUUGAAGCAGACAAGCUCAUUGCUGAUGUAACCAGUUUGGUCUCCGAUCACAUUCAGCGUCAAAAAGAGCUGGUCGACACAAGGCUUGUUGAUAUUAGAGAAAGUGCUGUUGCAAACAAGGCAUUCUUGGAUAGACAUGUUUCAUCGGUGGAGGGUAUCACAACAGAUGCAAAAAGAAAGUGGCAGGCAUUUUCUACACAAGCAGAGAAUGAUGCCAAUGAUGGUGCUGAAUACUCUGCUGCAAAACAUUGUCGCAUGGAGGUACUCCUGCAGCAAUGUGUAAAUACUGCUGAAUCGGCUUUCAAACACUUGAAAAGGACACACGAGUGUGUGAAUGAGAUGGGCAGUAAACAUGUUUCUGCUAUGGUGUCACUUAUCAGGAAUGCUUCUGAUAGCAAUGAUCAGCAUGAUGUUGAGAUUAGUUCUGCUCGGGUUGCAGCUGAGCAAGAUGUGUCAAAGAAUAGCGAGGAUGUUCUACAGCAUGUUGAUAGUGUAUCUGAGCAGGAGCGAGCAUCGAUAUCUGGAAUUUUGGAGGUUGUGAAAGCCCAUGCAAAUAGCCUCGAAAUUCUAAGGGAAGAUCACUCUGGCCAAGCGGCAUGCAUGGAGGAGAAGGCACGAGAAACCUUUCAGCAGCAAUAUAUGGAUUAUGAGGCCAGUGGCACAACACCAACAAGAUUUGAGCCAGAAGUUCCAAGUAGGGGGACCAUCGAGUCACUUCGAGCCAUGCCAAUGGAAGCCCUUAUUGAGGAAUUCCGGGAAAACCAUUCAUAUGAAUCAUUGGAAGUGAAGGAACUGAAACCUUCGCUCAUACCACGCUCACCGCUUAUCCAACUGAACUAA